UUAUGCUGCCAUGAUGAGGGUAAUGUGACAAAAAAGUUCGACAUUCAGGAUAUGUUAGGCUGUUUGAUAGAAUCUUUUUUUGUCAGGAAGUAUUGUCAUACAAGUUGAAAAGAUUUCCCCUUUGUAUCCUAUUUAAGAUAUUUUUGUACUUCAAAUUAAAUUUUUGACAGAGUUCAUUAGUCACUAACCACAAAGUGGUGAUAGAAAUAACAGCAUUCAUUAACCUUAAAGAGCCAAUAAAUAAUAGUUUAAGAACCGUGACUGACACCCCAUUAUCGCAUCUCCUUAGACGGCAUCAAUCACCACGAUAACUUGGUAAACCGCUGCAUUUGAGCCACGUUAAGCGUAAAAACGCAAGCAAUCAAAGUGAAUUCCAUUUGCUGUCGUUUAAUAUAUACAUAUAUAUAUAUAGAUAUCAAGAAAAAAAAACAAUGAAGUGCAACUGAAGCGGAAAGUGAAUGCAAAGUGAAUGAAAUAAAUUCGAACUGCGGCAAGAGAAGUGAGCUGAGCCAAGUUUAAGGAACCGCAACGGCAGCCGAGAAUCAUGAGCGAGAAACGAAUCGCACACAAAACUGUCAUCAAAUGACAAAUGCUUGACAGCAUCAAUCAACAAAAGCGACGACUGCGACGAUGGCAUCGCGUUGCCGGUGGAGCUGGCGCCUGGCGCUCUGCUCUCUGCUGUUGCUCCGAAUGCUUUUGCUACCAGCAGCGUUGGGCCAUGGCCAUGAUGAAACCAAAGAAAAAAUCCCCUCUACAGUCAAAUCUAAUCGCCAGGAGCAACAUCUGCAACACCUGCAGAAGCAGCAGCAGCCACAGCAACAUCAACAAGCCAACGAACAAAAUUCUGUGAAUAUAACCUCGAAAACGGCCACUGCCACGCCCUCGGGCAUCAGGGAGAACGUCAUGCUGCCAUCGGCCGAUCCAGAAAGGGAGGCCCAGAUCUUGUACGAGAAGUCCUUGCAGGAGUACCAUGGCAGCCAACUGUCCACUGUCUCUACCUCCGAUGUCAGCGGCGGCAAACGUACGCUGCACGUCGUUUGUGAACGCUGGCUGCAAAAGCACUGUCACUGCAGCGGCAGCUUGGAGGUCCUGCGGCUCAGCUGCCGUGGGAUUGGCAUCCUGGCUGUUCCAGUUAACCUGCCCAGCGAGGUGGUCGUCCUAGAUCUGGGCAACAACAACCUAACCAAGUUGGAGGCAAACUCAUUUUUUAUGGUACCCAAUCUGGAGGAGCUAACUUUGUCCGACAAUAGCAUCAUUAAUAUGGAUCCCAAUGCAUUCUAUGGCCUGGGUAAAUUGAAACGAUUGAGCCUGCAGAACUGUGGCCUCAAGUCCUUGCCACCGCGGUCGUUCCAAGGACUUGCUCAGCUGACCAGCCUACAGCUGAAUGGUAACGCCCUGGUCAGCCUGGAUGGGGAUUGUCUGGGCCACCUGCAGAAACUGCGCACCUUGCGAUUGGAGGGGAAUCUCUUCUAUCGAAUCCCUACGAACGCCUUGGCCGGACUCAGAACGCUCGAAGCACUCAAUUUGGGCAGCAAUUUGUUGACAAUAAUAAACGACGAGGACUUUCCACGAAUGCCAAACUUGAUCGUGCUUUUACUGAAACGAAAUCAAAUCAUGAAAAUCUCCGCGGGAGCUCUAAAAAAUUUAACCGCCUUAAAAGUUUUAGAGCUGGACGAUAAUUUAAUAAGCAGCCUGCCCGAGGGUCUCAACAAAUUGUCACAACUGCAGGAGCUUUCCAUCACCAGCAAUCGACUGCGCUGGAUAAACGACACGGAACUGCCCAGGAGCAUGCAAAUGCUGGACAUGAGAGCCAAUCCCCUGUCGACCAUUUCGGCAGGGGCAUUUCGGGGAAUGACCAAGUUGCGGAAGCUUAUUUUAUCGGAUGUGCGAACCUUGCGCUCGUUCCCUGAACUUGAGGCCUGUCAUGCCCUGGAAAUACUGAAACUGGAUCGUGCCGGCAUUCAGGAGGUGCCAACGAAUCUAUGCCGUCAAACGCCAAGACUGAAGAGUUUAGAACUAAAAACCAAUUCCCUAAAACGCAUCCCAAAUUUAAGUAGCUGCAGAGACUUAAGGCUGUUAGAUCUAUCGAGCAAUCAAAUUGAAACAAUUCAGGGGAAGCCCUUCAAUGGAUUGAAGCAGUUGCACGAUCUGUUGCUCUCCUACAAUCGAAUCAAGGCACUGCCCCAAGAUGCCUUUCAGGGCAUUCCCAAGCUCCAGCUGCUUGACCUGGAGGGCAAUGAAAUCUCCCACAUAGACAAGGAAGCCUUCUCCGGUUUUACAGCCCUCGAGGAUCUCAAUUUGGGCAACAACAUUUUCCCGGAGCUACCCGAAUCGGGAUUGCGAGCUUUGCUCCACCUAAAGACCUUUAACAAUCCAAAACUUAGGGUUUUUCCUCCACCAGACACCUUUCCACGGAUCCAAACACUAAUACUCUCAUAUGCCUAUCAUUGCUGCGCUUUUCUUCCGCUGGUGGCCAUGUCUGCCCAGAAGAAAACAUCCCAGGUCCAGGAGGCCGUUCUCUUUCCCUCCGACGCGGAGUUCGAUAUGACUUUGUGGAACAACAGCAUGAUGAAUAUCUGGCCACAAAUGCACAAUCUCAGUAAACAGCUGGGUGCUGCCAUGCACGAUCCGUGGGAAACGGCUGUCAACUUCAAUGAGGAGCAGCUGCAAUCGCAAACGGGAGGCCAAAUCGCCACCAGCUAUAUGGAGGAAUACUUUGAGGAACACGACGUGAGUGGUCCUGGCACAGGAUAUGGCUUUGGAACAGGCUUAUUCUCAGGCAUGUCCACCGAGGACUUCCAACCAGGAUCAGUGCAGUGCCUACCAAUGCCAGGACCCUUUUUGCCAUGCGCUGAUCUUUUCGAUUGGUGGACAUUGAGGUGUGGAGUGUGGGUGGUUUUUCUGCUAUCCCUUUUGGGAAAUGGAACCGUGGUCUUUGUGCUUCUCUGCUCGCGGUCAAAGAUGGAUGUACCAAGAUUUCUAGUCUGUAAUCUGGCGGCUGCCGAUUUCUUCAUGGGAAUUUACCUGGGUAUCCUGGCUAUUGUGGAUGCAGCGACUUUAGGAGAGUUUCGAAUGUUCGCCAUUCCUUGGCAGAUGUCUCUGCUUUGCCAGUUGUCCGGAUUUCUCGCCGUACUUAGCUCUGAGUUGUCCGUUUACACACUGGCGGUGAUUACUUUGGAGCGAAAUUAUGCCAUCACCCAUGCUAUACACCUCAACAAGAGAUUAUCCUUGAGGCAAGCUGGUUAUAUAAUGAGUGUUGGCUGGGUUUUUGCACUGAUCAUGGCCUUGAUGCCGCUGUUGGGAGUUUCGGACUACAGAAAGUUUGCCGUGUGCCUGCCAUUUGAGACGACCACUGGACCGGCCAGUUUGACCUAUGUGAUCUCACUGAUGUUCAUCAAUGGAUGUGCUUUCCUUACCUUAAUGGGAUGCUAUCUGAAGAUGUAUUGGGCGAUCAGGGGUAGCCAAGCAUGGAAUACCAAUGAUUCACGCAUAGCCAAAAGGAUGGCUUUGCUGGUCUUUACGGAUUUCCUCUGCUGGUCGCCGAUCGCUUUUUUUUCCAUCACCGCCAUCUUUGGACUCCAACUAAUUUCGCUAGAGCAGGCAAAGAUCUUUACGGUUUUUGUGCUUCCUCUGAACAGUUGCUGCAAUCCUUUCCUCUACGCCAUAAUGACCAAACAGUUUAAGAAGGACUGUGUCACGCUAUGCAAACAUUUCGAGGAAUCCCGCGUUGUGGGAGGUGGUGGACAGGGUGGCCGGGGGGCAGUGGGGCGUACCAAGAGGGGUGAACUCCCACCACCAUUGUUGCCAGCUGCGGCACAUCCGCCCGGCUGUCGGUGUCUUAGAAUGCUGCCCAGCGAAAUGCCCAACUGGCACAAAAUGGAACAGACACCCAGUUUGUGGCAAAGAUUAAGGACAUUCUGCUGUGGAGAAAGUAGAAGGAGACGUAAACAGAGAAGGCAGCCACAACAAAGGCGACAGAGAGCUUAUACUGCUGCCGCCGCCAAUCCGUAUCAGUAUCAGUUCGCUGAACUGCGUCAGCAACGUCAAAAUCGAGCCAGCUCCAUUUCCAGCGAGAACUUCUGCAGCUCACGAUCCUCUAGUUGGCGGCAUGGUCCUCCAUCCUCUGCACCCAUACCGCCAGGUAACUGCAGCAUGCCGCUGAAGAUGCUGGACCCACAUGGUCAUCAACACGGUCAUGGAAGGAGACGACAUUCUGCUUGGUUGAUCACGCGGAAAACGUCGCAGGACUCGAACUUGUCGAGCUCCCGAAAUGACUCUUCUGCCUCGGCCACCACAGCCAGCACUUCAACCUUCCGGCUAUCACGAUCUAGUGCCGGCAGUAGCACACCAUUGCCGUCGAUAAUAGCCCACAAUGGCAAAGCCCAGUUGGAUGCAGUAAAACCAAGACUGGUCCGCCAGGAAGCUGUUCAGGAGGAAGAGGACUCAUCGCCUCCUCGCCUGGGAGUGCGUUUCCUGCCCACCAUACCAUCAGCGGCCGAUAGUUCGGUGAUCAUGGAGGACGGCGACUCGGCCAAUACUGGAGUAGCAGCUUUUCUGGGCAUGCCACUUCCUGGGGCGUCUAGUGGUUUUCUCAUUGCUCCCACCACCGCACCGACCUCACCACCACCAGUAGUGUUGCAGCCGGCGAAACCUCCGCCAGAUCCUAACGAUGCACCACCAUGAUGUUGGGAUUGGAGCUGGCGGAGAUUGGGAAAAGGCAACCGGGAGACCUUUCUGUAAAGGUCAAGGGAACAGGACAAAAGCUGACUGUGUUCAUAGAUUGUAUACGGGGUGUGAAUGGGUAGGGGAUGAGGGCUGGUCGAAGGAUUUGGCAUUUAGACUAGUAAAGACAAAAAAUAAACAAAAUUCGCUUUAGGCAUAUAAAAUAUAAUAUACUUAUAGCAUUAAGUAGCCAAUUUGUUAAGUUAGAUCACACCGAAGAUAAGGAUCCAUUUGAAUUAAUACAUCACCCCAAAGGAUAACCAUUUUCAAAGGAUCAGUCACAAGUCCAGUUUCUUAAAUUAUUGUUGAAUUUGAAGUUUUUUAUUAGGCAAAUCGAAUGUAGAUAAAUAUUAAACUUCAUUUAUCCAAAAUUUAUGCAUUAGUUAAAAAUCAUUAAGUUAGUUUCUUUGUUUUUGUUUACUUUACAUUUUUAUUAACUACAUUUAUGAAAUCAUAACGAAACAUUUUAGUUAAUCCAACCAUGUACCUUAACAACAACUUGAGAAACUGGCCAGAGUUGACAAAGAGUAUUAUGAAUUACAUAACUUAUUACGGUAGAGUACAUUCUUAACUUUUAACCAUAAAUGUUUAGCAUAACUAUAUAUAUAUAUAUUUAUAUAUGCGUGUAUUAUUUUCGAAGAUGCCAAGCAUCCUUCGGUGUAGAACUUAAUCGAACAAUUCGAUUGUAAACGAAACAAAGCCAUAAAAAUACAAAUUAAACUAUUUCCACACACAGAAAA